AUCAUUUCCGCGAGUGAGUGUAUUCAGAAAGAUGUUAUGUUGACAAAUGAACCUCUACGGAUAACGAGGUUUUAGAGAAAUUUAGGGGUCAGUGGAAACAGAAAGAAGAGAAAACUCAGGGAUUUACAAGCAACUAUGAAGGAAUUGAUGAUCUCCUGUUUCCUACAUCUAUUUUUCAUCGCUAUUUUUACAGAUGCAGAACGCCUAGAUGAUUAUAUUCACCAUUAUGAAAAGCUUACAUACAGUCCCGACACUCUACACCAGCGCCAUCUACGGGCCAAACGCUCCCUCACCGACCAAUCGCUGGUGCUACGUUUUAAAGCCUAUGGCAAAAAUUUUGACCUUCAGUUAGAAAAAGCGAAGAGCAUAUUUGCACCUGAUUUUAAACUGCAGCAUAGGAAUGGCAGUAAAAUGGCGGUGGACACCUCAUUUAUAUACGAAGGCACCGUAUCAGGCGUGCCGGGGAGUUUUGUCCAUGGAGCCAUUGUUGAGGGAGUGUUCCGAGGUUUUGUCGUCGUCCCUGGUGACACAACAUACCACAUAGAGCAUUCCCGGAGAUUCUUCUCUGAUGAAAAGCCAUUCCAUUCUGUCAUCUACAGCGAAAAACAUUUGAAUAUGGAUCCAUACAAACACAAAAGACCUGAGGGAGCUGGUACAUGCGCCCUUGAACAAUACAAGGACCAGAUGGAAGAAUUAGCCUUUAAACCUCUGGAGAAGUACGAACACAAUAUCAAGGCCGCGCUACUGAAACAGGAAAUGGAGCACUAUCGUAGCAUGUACUCACGAGAACAGAAUACCGCUAACCAGGAAUCAUCCCAGGGGCGCCAUAAACGUGAUACACUGGGCCUACAGAACACAUGUUAUAUGUAUCUACGGUCAGACCCAGUCUUAUGGGAGCUUUAUAAAAGCAAGGGAGUGAGUGAUAUCGUCGCCCGAGACGAAAUUCUGGCCCUAUUUGCUGCUCAUGUCGCAGCUAUCAACAAAAUUUACUCCGAAACAAGAUUUGAAACUUACGAAAAAGAUGCUAACAAAGGCGGGUUUAGCUACGAAGGGGUUCAUUUCCAGGUUCAAAGGACGUCGAUAAUGACAAAGGAAUCAGAAAAAUGUGACAGCAUUUUAGGGGCUACAUCGUAUUGUAAUCCCAAUAUCGAUGUCAGCAACUUCCUAAAUCUCAACUCUUUGGAAAACCACGAUGAGUUUUGCCUGGCGUACGUCUUUACAGCACGCGAUUUUACCCAGGGUACACUGGGGCUCGCCUGGGUCGGAUCUUACAAAAAUGCUGCUGGCGGGAUCUGUGAGAAAUAUAAACAGUUCCCGGAGGGAUCAGCAAAGGUACACAAGUCUCUAAACACUGGGAUUAUCACUCUCAUCAACUACGGCCGCGAAGUGGCACCGCGAGUCUCCCACCUCACCUUCGCUCACGAGGUCGGACACAACUUUGGCUCUCCUCAUGACAGUGGUAAUAAUUGUGCACCGUUUGGGACGGGCACGUCCGAGGCUGUCAACGGAAACUACAUCAUGUAUGCAAGCGCCACACAGGGCGACCUUUCCAACAACAACAAGUUCUCCGAUUGUAGCAAGGACAACAUCUCACGUGUCCUCCGCUCCAUCCAGAACGAGACCAACAAGAAAAAUUGCUUCAAACAGUCUGGCGUGGCGUUCUGCGGUAACGGCCUGGUUGAAGAAGAUGAGGAGUGUGACUGUGGAUAUUUGGACGACUGUAAAGAUACGUGCUGUCAUGCCAAACAGUCGGGGAAAACAACAACGGACGACUGUAAACUACGCCGCGACAAUUCAGGAAAUAAAUACAGCUGCAGCCCUACACAAGGCCCAUGCUGUCUCGCUACAUGCAACUUUGUCCAACCAAGUGCCAACCAGACUUGUCGCGUUGGAACCGAUUGUGUAAAGCGUGCCACUUGCUCUGGGACGUCGGCUAAAUGUCCAGCUGCUGACAACAAUGAUGAUAUGACUUUCUGUAACAGCAAAUCUCGGGUCUGUAAAGAUGGGGUUUGUUCAGAAUCCCUUUGUAGGCGUAUUGGCUAUGGAGCGGGAAAUCCAAUUUCUGAGUACGAAGAAUGUUUCGGGAGUACGGGCAGCGACAACAAGGAACAGAUGUGCUACUUGUCAUGUCAGAGGAAGAACUCUACAGAAUGUAUAAGCUCGGCUGACAUUACUGCUGAAUCCCCACACACAGGCUUUAAAGAUUUACUCAUGGCCAUCAACGGAGGAUUAGAUAAAAUCAAACUACAAGCAGGUUCACCGUGUGAUAAUUACAGAGGAUACUGCGACGUCUUCCAUAAAUGUCGCGGAAUAGAUAACGAUGGCCCUCUUGCUCGUCUUAAAAAUCUUAUCUUUAACGAGAAAACAUUACAGAAAAUUAAAACCUGGAUUGUGGAGUAUUGGUGGGCUGUUAUGAUGAUGGCUCUGUGCCUCGUUGUUCUGAUGGGGUUGUUUAUAAAAAUCUGUGCUGUUCACACUCCGAGUAGUAAUCCUAAGGCCAAACCAGCGUUGCGUAUCACUGACACACUCCGGCGUCGCCGACGCCCUCCACCUCAACAGACGUAUGCGCCAAGCUCACAGCCCCUACAGUCCUACCAGCAACCACCAGCGCCUGCAGGCUAUGUAAAUGCUCCACAGGGACCUCCUCCUCCAUAUUCUGCAUCAGGAGGCGGACCCAAGAGAGGACAUCGGCCCGAGGAUAAGAAAAACUUCAAAAAGGCCAAAGCCGUGGAGAAGAAAGUGUGACCCUGAUCGUGAAUCAUAACUAUUCUUAGGAGACUUUUGAUUGGCUGCUCUAGAGACUUGUUACAGUAGUUUUCAUCGUCUGAAGAAGAGAAAAUGUUAUAUUAGUUUUGAUUGGCUGAGGACAUUUAUAAUAUUGAUUUUGAUAAGUUGAUGAAAAAGUAUCAAUAACCUUUCUCAUUGGCUUGUUUAGUGACCUGUAACUUGUUUUUUUAUUGGCUGAAGUUGAGAAGAUGAAACUUUAGUUUUGAUUGGCUGAUGACAUUUAUGAAACAUAGAAUUUGAAUGGCUGAUGAGGAAGUAUUAAACAAGUUUAUUCAUUGGUUGAGGAAGAAAACUUGUUAAAUAUUGAACAUGUAACGAUGAAUGUGAUUGGCUGAUGUAGUGGUGGUAUAUUCAGUGGAGAUAUUUUGUGAUAUGGUUUGGGGAGUCCAUGAAUACUCCAGAAAUAAAAUCCCAGGUUAUAAUCCAUAUAUAUAGAAUAAAACUCCAGGUUAUAAUCCAUAUAUAUAGGAUAAAACUCCAGGUUAUAAUCCAUAUAUAUAGGAUCUUACACGAGUUUCCAUUUCAUAUGAGAAAUUACGAAAUGAGUCCUAAGAACUUUUCAGUUUAGUUAUUAAGCCUCUGGCAAGCGAAAAUGAAAAAUUUGUGACGAGCUUCAUAAAUUUCAUAUGAAAUGAAAACGAGUGUAAGAUACUUUUUAUCACA